UGCAUUCAGCAACUCUUCUAAUCAAUAUAUCAUCAUGGCAUUCAAGUUCAUUGUUCUCGCCGCAUUUGUGGCCGCAGCAAACGCUGGAUUAAUUGGUGCUGGACAUUAUUCAUCAUUGGCUGUUCCAGUACCAUUGGCAUACGCUAGUGCUCCAAUUGCAAAACAAGCAGUGUUGACAAAAACUGUGGCCACUGAAUAUGAUCCUCAUCCUGAGUUCAAUUAUUCUUAUGAUGUUCAAGAAUCAUUGAUCAAGGAACCAGCAACACUUGCCGUGAAACAUGUUGAGGCUGCUCCAAUUGUUUAUUCAGCACCAUCAGUUGUUCAACCAAUUGUAAAAGCCGCUGUUGUCAAAACUGUUGUUCCAGCUGAAACAACAAUCUCAAAAUAUUCAACUGGAUUCACACAUCACGCUCCAGUAGUUCACACAGUUGCUCAACCAAUUGUUCACACUGUUGCUCAACAAGUUGUUCAACCAAUUGUUAAAUCAGCUGUUGUCAAGACUGUUGUUCCAGCUGAAACUACCAUUUCAAAAUACUCCACUGGUUUCACUCAUCAUGCUCCAGUAUACUCUCAUGUAUCCGCUCCAGUUGUUGCUGCGUGGUGAAUAAUGUAAACAAAAAAAAAUGUUACAAUGACUUUUUCCUAAUAAAUAUCUUCUUCAUUAUGAUA